AAGCUGCUGGAGCCAGAGAAGACUCUGCAGACUUCUUUCUGCCCUCAUCAACUCCGUUGGUGUUUCUGCUCUUCUGGAUUUUGAUUCCACUUGGAAAAAAACAGCCAUGUCUCGUCAGUCUGUCUGCAGGAGCUUUGGAGUCGGGGGGAGAAAGGGAUUCAGCUCCUGCUCUGCUGUUGGUGGUGGAUUUGGAGGCGGUGGUGGCCGGAGCAAGAUCAGCUACAGCUCGUACUCCUCAUCCCGGGGAGGAGGUGGAGGAGGACACUGUGGGGGGUUCAGUAGCCGGAGCCUCCACAGCAUGGGGGGCAGCAGAAGGAUUGCCAUGGGCGGAUGUUAUGGUGGUGGUGGAUACGGUGGCAGGAUGGGUGGCUUUGGUGGAGGAAUGAGCUGUGGAGGGAUGGGUGGUGGUGGAAUGGGUGUUGGAGGAAUGGGAAUGGGUGGCUUUGGUGGUGGAAUGGGUGGUGGGGCAGGAAUGGGUGGCUUUGGUGGUGGAAUGAGCAGUGGGGGAAUGGGUGGAAUGGGUGGCUUUGGUGGCCCAGGCUUCCCUGGAGGCAUCCAACCGGUGCAAGUUGACCCCAGCCUCCUGCGUCCGGUCCACGUUGAGAUUGACCCCCAGAUCCAGCAAGUCAAAAACCAGGAGAAGGAGCAGAUCAAGACCCUGAACAACCAGUUUGCCUCCUUCAUCGACAAGGUCCGAUUCCUGGAGCAGCAGAACAAGGUGCUCUCCACCAAGUGGGAGCUGCUCCAGCAGCAAGGACCAACAGGGCCGAGGAAGAACCUGGAUGUGAUCUUUGAGAAUUACAUCCAGAACCUGCGGAGGAGACUGGAGUCUCUGCUGGGGCAGCGGGGCCAGCUGGAAUCGGAGCUGCAGAACAUGAGGCAGUACGUGGAGGAGUUCAAAACCAAGUAUGAGGAGGAGAUCAACCGUCGCACGGCUGCCGAGAACGAGUUUGUGGUGCUGAAGAAGGAUGUGGACUGUGCCUACAUGACCAAAGUCGAGCUGGAAGCCAAGGUGGGAGCUCUGACAGACGAAAUCAACUUCCUGAGGUGCAUCUACGAGGAGGAGCUGUCUCAGAUGCAGACGAUCAGCCGGGACCUGUCCGUGGUGGUGUCCAUGGACAACAACCGGCACCUGGACCUGGACAGCAUCAUCGAGGAGGUUCGGCGCCAGUACGAGCAGAUUGCCCAGAGCAGCCGGGCUGAGGCCGAGGCCUGGUACCAGAGCCGGUACGAAGAACUCCAGAACACUGCUGGGAAACAUGGGGACAGCCUCCGCAACACCAAGAUUGAGAUCCAGGAGUUGUCCAGGAAUGUCCAGAGGCUGCGGGCUGAGAUCGAGAAUGUGAAGAAGCAGAACCAGCAGCUGCAGGCAGCCAUCGCUGAGGCCGAGGAGAGGGGGGAGAUGGCCGUCAAGGAUGCCAGGAGGAAGCUGGAAGAGCUGGAAUGUGCCCUGCAGAAGGACAAGGAGGAACUGGCUCGCCUGCUGAAGGAGUACCAGGAGCUGCUGAACACCAAAAUUGCACUGGACGUUGAGAUUGCCAUGUACAGGAAGCUGCUGGAGGGGGAGGAGAACAGGCUGUGCAACGACAGCAUGUCCAACGUCAAUGUCUCUGUGGUGGGCAGGACGACUGUGUCUGGAGGCAGAGGAGGCAUGGGAGGAGGAUUCGGAGGCAGCGGCAUGGGAGGAGGAUUCGGAGGCAGCAGCUGUGGAAUGGGAGGAGGAUUCGGAGGCGGCAGCGGCAUGGGAGGAGGAAUGGGAGGAGGCGGCAUGUGCGGAGGAGGCAGCAGCUUUGGAGGAGGCAGCAUGGGCGGCAGCUGUGGGAUGGGGGGAGGAAUGUACGCUGGCGGCUUCUCCUCUGGAAGCGGAAGGAUGUGCGGCUCUGGCGGGGGAUCCUCCUCCGUGCGGAGAUGCGUCACCACCACCUCGGUCAAAUCUUCGGGAGUGAGAUUCUGAGUCCCGAAGGUUGACAAGGAAAGAAGCACCUCCUCUCUCUUCUGACAGCAGCCCAGCCUCCUGAAGCCCAGCUCUGGUGUCUUGCAAUGGGACGAACCGUGUCCCUCCCACCCAACUUGUCCCAGAUUCUGGUCCCACCCGGCGGUUUGGUGGGGAUGCCGUGGGUGUCCCGGCACCGGGAGCUGCCUGGCAGGAGGGGCUGCUCUGCCUUCCUUGCUGUGUUGUACAUUUCUUGUGGCAAAUGUGUAUAAAACUCCUCUUUCCUCCUCUCCUCUGUGUCCCCACCUCCCGUCCUCUAUGUGUGUAUCCUGCCCUCCUUCCUUGGGAUGUUGCCAUUCCCAAUAAAUUGCAGAGAACAUUCA